CGGGCCAGUGGCAGGCCAAUGGAGGUCGCAGCGCCUCACCUGGCGGUCCAAGUUGGGCCCAGGUGUGCCGGUGGCUCCGCCCCGCGCCCGGCCCAGGUCCCUCCUCAGGCCGGACUCCGCGGGCGGAAAUUCCUGCGCGGGCGGGACCCGGCGGGAGCAGAUCCCAGCGGGCGGUCUCGGCCAUGGAACCAGUGGCGACCUGGACCCCCGGGAAGGUGGCAGCUUGGCUGAGAGGCCUCGAUGACUCCCUGCAGGAUUACUGCUUUGAGGACUGGGAGCUGCCCGGGAAGUACCUGCUCCAGCUCUGUCCCCGCAGCCUUGAGGCCCUGACUGUGUGGCCUCUCGGCCACCAGGAGCUCAUCCUAGAAGGGGUGGAACAGCUCCGGGCCCUGAGCUCUGGGCUGCAGACGGAGAACCUUCAGAGCCUGACAGAGGGGCUGCUCCAGAGGACAUAUGCUUUCCAGAGCUUAGUCCAGGGCCGCCUGGAAGGCUGUGCCAAGACCCCUGCUGAUGUCCUCAGUGCAGCCGUGGAGCUGGUGCAUGAGGCCCAUACCCUCCUUUUCUGGCUCACCAGGUACCUCUUCUCCCACUUAAAUGACUUCUCGGCCUGCCAGAAGAUUGGGGAGUUGUGCGGGGAGCUGGGCCAGGCCUUGCAGGAGGACAGUCCGGCGGCCGAGAGGGAGAGCAAAGUCCUGAGGAUUUGCAGCCACGUGGCUGGGAUCUGCCACCACAUCCUGUGCUGCAGCCCCCAGGAGCUGCUGGAGCAGAGGGCCCUGCUGGAGCGCGUGCAGCUGGACGACCCUUUGGGCCUGGAAAUCCACACCACCAGUAACUGCCUGCACUUCGUGUCCCGUGUGGGCCCCCAGGUCGCUGCUGACUCCCGGCUGCAGAUCCUGCCUGGAGACGAGAUUGUCCAGGUCAAUGAGCAGGUGGUGGUGAGUGAGGAGGAAAGGGAUGUGGCUGUUCGUGGCGGAGGGGAG